GGCUACAUCUACAGGAGAAGAUCUAUAUUCCAGAAAAAAAAAAGCAAAAUCAAUUGCUUUUUUUUACCUGUUUCUUUUUUAAUUUGAGAAACAAACACACAAUGAGAAGAAAUUACCCCAUGGAGCUCCCAGAAGACUUCUGGAUCCCUGUCCCUUUGGACACAGAUAACAUCACUUUAUUCAGCCCCUACCUCAUUCCCCAGGAUCACCUCGGGAACAAAAGCAUCUUUUAUGCCAUGUCAGCAUUUAUGCUCUUCAUAUUUGUCACCGGCACGACCGUCAACGUCCUCACCAUCGCAUGCACUGUUCAAUACAAGAAGCUACGGUCUCACCUCAACUACAUCCUGGUCAACCUAGCUGUGGCAAACCUGCUGGUCUCCUCGAUAGGCUCCUUCACGUGUUUUUACUGCUUUGCGUUCCGAUACAUGAUUUUCGGGCCAAUCGGGUGCAAGAUUGAGGGAUUUACCGCAACUCUCGGGGGUAUGGUAAGCCUCUGGUCUCUGGCAGUGGUGGCUUUCGAAAGGUGGCUGGUUGUGUGCAAACCCCUGGGAAACUUUGCUUUUAAACCUAACCAUGCGAUAGCUUGCUGUGCGGCGACUUGGGUGUUUGCUUUGACCGCUGCAGUUCCUCCACUGUUUGGAUGGAGCAGGUAUAUUCCUGAGGGAAUGCAGUGCUCCUGUGGUCCGGAUUGGUACACCACCGACAAUAAGUUUAACAAUGAGUCCUAUGUGAUGUUCCUCUUCUGCUUCUGCUUUGCAGUCCCGUUCUUCACUAUUGUUUUCUGCUAUUCACAGCUGCUUUUUGUCCUGAAAUCUGCAGCAAAAGCACAGGCGGAGUCUGCUUCUACCCAAAAAGCAGAGCGGGAGGUGAGCAGGAUGGUUGUGGUCAUGGUCCUGGGUUUCCUGGUGUGCUGGAUGCCAUAUGCCUCCUUUGCACUUUGGGUUGUCAAUAACCGUGGGCAAACUUUUGACUUGAGGCUAGCCACCAUCCCCUCCUGUCUCUCCAAAGCAUCCACAGUCUACAACCCAAUUAUCUACAUCCUCCUCAACAAACAGUUUCGCUCAUGUCUAAGGAAAAUGCUCGGUGUGGGUGGAAGUGAUGACGAUGAAACAUCAACAAGUCAAUCAACCACUGAAGUCUCUAAAGUUGGACCUGCUUGAAUUCUUCAUGAUAACUGACGAUCACCUGCACACUAUAAAUAUAAAUAAAAUGGCACUUCUUCACAUUGGGGGCAGAUAAGGUAACACAAGUAAGACAAUGUCAUCAUGUUAACACAUUUGAAGACGUGUGUUUUAUAGAAAUAAAUGUUUUAGAACCAGUAGAAAGCUGUAAUCACAUUGCAAGUAAACAGUUUAAAUAACCUUU